UGCCACUGCGACGGCGUCGCGAUAUAAUAUGUAGUGUAUCGCUUCCGAAGCCAUCGAGGAGGUUAAAUCUGGCAGUAUUGAGUGGUUGUUUUUCCCAUACUCAGCCUCGCACAUCCGUGGGAAUUAGCAGCUGGCACGAGUAAACAAGGUGUUGUAUGUUUAUGUAACGCUAAAUAACGUAACGUUAUGUCGGACAGCCGGAAGUAGUAAAUGCUUGGGGUGCACACUAGCCAACCGCCGGGGUACGCUACUCCACAUCAGUAGCGCCGCACAGAGAGGACAUUCAACACGAAGUUGGACGGAAGCAGCAGCAGACGGCCAAUCAAGCAGAAGUAGAGAACUCCUAAGGCUUGUACUGUGGCACGCUCCGCCCGUUUCCAUUAAGCAACAGAAACAUCAUCGCUUAUCCGGCACCAAAAAUGUCGGCCUUGAGUUUGCUGUGCGAGCUAAUCAAGGCGUCGGAGAAGGCGGCUAACAUCGCGCGCAUCUGCAGACGCAAUGAACGACUGUUCGGGUUGCUGGUUCAGGAGAAAGAUGAAAGUGAAUCGAACUCGCGCUUCGAUCACGACUUCAAAACGCUCGCCGACUGCCUUAUACAGGAAAUGAUAAAGCACGACAUCGGCAAGCAGUUUCCUGCGUUACGUGAUAACAUACGCGGCGAGGAAAAUUCAAAAUUCUCAAACAAGGCCGGAGAUUCAAUCACACUGACCGUUACGGAUGAGCAGACGAAAACGAUUGAAACGCUGCAAAAGAUUUUUGUCGACGACGAUGAGGUAGUGAUGGCGCUCGUGGAAGAAGUGUACCGAGAGGUUGAACUGGAUAUGCAGAGCCUCGAGCUGCCGGGCGAUCUGGUUCCGCUGGACAACGAAUGGUCGGAGCUGGGCGUCUGGAUCGACCCCAUCGACGCCACGGCGGAGUACAUCAAGGGUGAGGAAAAGCGUACCAAAUUCCCGAACAUAGCCGCCUCCGGGCUAGAGUGCUGCACAGUGCUGAUUGGCGUGUACGAAACCUGCAACGGCACUCCUAUUAUCGGUGUCAUCAAUCAACCUUUCGCGGAGCGCAUCGAAAACGAUCAGCAGCCCCCCGAGUAUUGCAGCAAAGUCUAUUGGGGAAUGUCGGUGGGCGAUCUAAAAUUUAACAACAUUGCGCCGCACGAACCGGAGGCCCGCAUUGCGAUCCUGUCACCAUCGGAGCAAUCAAAAUACGUCGAGUUCAUACGCAAUCAACUGAAAUACGACGUUAUUUUCUCGGCCGGUGCUGGUUACAAAAUAUUGAAGAUCGCCACGGGCGAAGCAGAGCUUUUUCUGCUGAGCAAAGGUACGACCUACAAAUGGGACACGUGUGCACCGCAAGCGAUACUGCGCUCGAUGAACGGUGACCUGUUCAACCUGCAGGACACGCUUAUUAACAAGUCGGUGAAGAAGAUCUCCUACACGGAUCGCAAAACCAUCCGCAACCUGGGCGGUAUCAUUGCCUAUCAGAACAUAGACAAGCUGCGAGAAUUUCUGAAGCUGUGAACAACAACCAGAACCACAUAAGCUAUCAAUCAGUCGUCCACCCCCAGUCUAUUGUUCUAGACAAGACACGCUUUUUCAUUUUCAUUGAAAUCGGAAUAGUAAAACACACAAACAAAAAACAGUAACCCGCGUAGUAGCGUAUGAAUUGUGAUUGUUCAUUGUGAGUGGUUAAUGGUUCAAACAGUAUUGAAUGUCUAGCUCGCUUUCGUUGUAGUCUUUCUACUCACUAGAAACAAGGGUAUUCUAGGCAGCCACAGUAUAACAUAGUAAUCAAAAAUCAACAAAAACAUUAGCGAUUAUUUUUUGUUUGUUUAGAGUAGGAGUAGUAUAGGCACGUACCUUGAGUUAUUCGUUUUCAUUCGCAUACGAUCUGGUAGUUCCGAAUAUGUAAUCAAAACAGUGGAAUAUGUAUUUCUUGUAAAAGGCUCUCCUUUUAAGAUCUUGGGUUAAGAAGCCGUUGGUGUGCAAUAGCUCCUAUGUACAUCGAAGACAGAAGCAAUGCCUCGGCACGAAUUUUAACGAAAUGGCUGUUGUACUCCAAAGCACCCAAAAAGCAUUUGAAGCAUUGUAUCUGUUUGCCAUCUGUACGCUAUUACUUUUUCAACAAGUCUUUAAAUGCAUAUUUUGUUUUUAUAAUUAGGUAUGUGCCAUACAUUAGUAAUAGAUGUUAGAGUGCUGUACUCAUAAAAGCAACGCAUGUUUGGAUAUCGGGUAGUAAAAUGUAUCAUUCCUGCUAUUUUUUCCCUUACAUACAUCACAUUUGGAUGACAAUCAUUUUUGAGCGCUCUUUCGUUGCAAAUCUAGAUGAAUGAUAUUCCAAAAUUGUCAUGCUGCUGGUGUGCUGCUUGUGUUUCAAAAGGUACUCACAAGCGUGGGAUGUUGUAGUAGAGGAUGUAUGUAUACUGAUAGAAUUAUUAGAAUCUAUUCGUACGGUGUACUGAUUUUUUUCAACUGCUACGAAAUUGACAUAAAAGUGAUGGUGAUUUUCAGCAAGUGUAUCAGAAACCAUGUGUAUGUGCCAAACACAGACGAUUACAAUUACGUAUCACGUGGCAGGCAGUCCUAUUUACUUGUAUCGAUGUACGCAGCGUUUCGUAUGACAUUGCAUAAUAAACAAUAUUGGAAGUUGGCAAAAUGUUCGACAAAUUGUCUACAAACUUAUUUUUUUAGUUUUAGUUUAUGAAUUAUUAGUUUCUCAAUAUUCGGAUCAAUCUGGAACACACACAAACAACAGUGGCUUUAUGCGUAACAUAUUUUAUUAUACAUUUUUUCAUAAAAUACUUUUUUUCUCUUAGAAUAACAACAUUUUUUAGUAGGAAUGUUUGAAAUUGUUUUAUAAGUAUGCGCUUUCUGUAAUGUAUAUAUAACAACAUUUUUAGAUAUAUA